AUGCCACAAAACCUCAUCCCUUUCAAUCAACUGCCAACCCUGUCAACCAACAACGAGGCAAUCACAACUCGUUUACCUCCAAUUCAAACGUUGACACAAUAUUGUUGUCCUCCAAAACCUGUACCAUUCGUUCCAUUGUUUCCACCUUCACAUUCGAAUAAUUCCCAAGCUAUUACUCAUGUAUCGAGAAACAUUUCUCCUCCUAUUAAAACGUCAUUUGUUUUUCAUCAAGUCAAUCCAACCAAUUUGUUUCCUUCCUCAACAACUCCAGUUCCUACCUUUCAACCUUCAAAAUAUAAUGCAAUGUAUGAGAAUCCACCAAAUCAAAAGAAAACAACUCAAUCAUGCAUUCCUAAUCAUUUGACAUUUGUAAAUAUGGACUUGUCAACCAACAAGAAAUUAAAACCAACAUCUGUUGGUUGUUCUGCUUCUAUUGAGAAUACUUUUCAAGUUUCAAAUGUUGGUUCUUCAUCUUGUGAUUUUAGAACGCCAUUAAUUGUAAAUAAUUCAAGAGUACAAAGCAAUUCUAUUUCGAAUACAUCCACUUCUACUGUUCAUACUAUUCAAGCACCACUGAUCGAUACUUCUAUUAGGAGAAAGAACAAGAAACAAGCCCAAGAAUCCUCCUCAAACUCAGCCAUUGUUAUGGAAAACCCACAAGAAGAAGAAGAAGCCAAUCCAUUUCGAACAACCUCCAAUAGAAACCUCCCUAAACAAGCUGUUUCCAUAAUGAAAGAAUGGUUAUUUUCCCACAAAGAAAAUCCAUAUCCAACAGAAGAGGAAAAGAUACAAAUUCAAAAUCAAACUGGUCUAAGUCAAAAACGAAUCAACUAUUGGUUUAUCAAUGCUAGAAGAAGGUUGUUACCGAACAGUGAGAAUAAGAAGAGACCAACCUCCAAUAAUUUCCCAGACACAAAACGUCUCAGAAAGAAUUCAAUUGCCAGUUCCUCAUCGAAUGCAUCAAUGUUCUCCAGCUAUACAACUGUUUCCUCUUCUGCUUCAUCAUCAACUGUAGUAUCGUCGAGUGAAGAGGAUAGUCUAUCACAAUCAAGUGAUGAACGGGUGAAAGUUGUCGAUUCUUGGGUUGUUGAUUGUCUAUUGACACUAAGAGAAGAAAAUAAACCUUAAUAUUAUUUAUUAU